AUGUCGAGUCUAGCAUCGGUAGGGCUAGAGCCGAGCGAUAAGAAGACGCCGGUGAACAAGUGGGAGCUGUACGGGUGGUACUCGUACAAUGUGGCCGUCAACGCCUUCAGCUCCGUCGCCAUGCCCAUCUUCUUCCCGCUCCUGCUGCUCCUGCUCGCCGAAGCACACGCAUGGCUACAGGCGGGGGACUCGAAGCCGCCCAACUGCAGCGACUCCGUGUCGAUCAACUGCGUCAAAUGCAUUCCGGGACGCGGCGACCAGCUCGUCACCGCUGCGGGGUACCAGGACCUGAUUCUGCCCAUGGUGCACGCGGGUCCCCUGGCAGUGAACCCCGUGUCAUACGCCACCAUCAUCAUCGGCAUCGCUGUCAUCUGCCAAGUCUUCGCGCUCAUCUCCUUUGGCCCCUUCACGGACUAUGGCACUGGCCGCAUGGACCUGCUCAAGGUGGGAACGCUGAUCGGCGUGGUGCCAUCCAUUGUGAUCGGUGUGUUGGGCGACAGCUCCUACUGGUGGUUCGCUGGCCUGCUCGUCAUCAUCGCCAACGUUGGCUAUGGCCUCUGCACCGUCAGCUACAACAGCUAUCUGCCUGUGCUGGUGGAUGCCACGCCAGCAGUGAUGCAUGCUGAGGUGUCAGGCGACAAGGAGAAGAUUGCGUCUAUCCGGGAACAGGUUGAAAACCGCAUCUCCCUCAUCGGUCUUGCAGCGGGCUGCCUGGCAGACGUGGUGGCGACCCUAGCCGCCUUUGUCAUCACGCUCGCAGCCACCACCGACCUGCUCAAGAUGCGCCUCGCAGGGGCCUUCUGCGGCCUCUGGUGGCUCGUCUUCUCCAUCUUCACCUUCCUCUGGCUCCGCACCCGCCCGGGCCCGCCGCCGCCCGCCUCCGCCACCGCGGGCGGCGCGGGCGGCAACGCCGCCCUGACCAUCGUCGCUAGCUGGCGGCACAUGGGCGCGCUGGUCUCCGAGGCGAGGCGGUACCGGAACGCGUUUGUCUUCAUGCUGUGCUAUUUCAUCUAUGCGGAUGGGUUCUCCACUGUGAUUCAAGUCGGGGUGCUGUUCGGUCAGCACGACCUGUGUGUGGAACCCGCAAUGCUAGCCGUCAUUGCUACCUCGGUCUCCUUCUGGGCUGCGCUUGGGAUGCCGUUGGCUUACUACCUUCAGAAGCGGCUCGGGUGGAACAACAAGACGAUGGUCGUCGCGCUGCUGACCGCCAUGCUGCCGCUGCCGCUGUGGGGUUUGCUAGGGUAUUUUACCCCGGACGGCGGGCUCGGGCUGAAGGCGUCGUGGGAGCUGUUUGCGUACUCGGGGUGGUUUGGGUUCUGCCUGGGCCCGCUGAUCUCGUACUCGCGCACACUGUUUGUGGACCUAAUUCCCAAGGGCCGCGAGGGUGCCUUCUUCUCGCUCUACGCCAUCAGCGACAAGGGCAGCUCGUGGCUGGGGCCCUUUGUUGUGGCGGCUAUUGCUCAGUUCACGGGGAAGAUCCGGCCCGCCUUCCUGUACAUCUUCGUUGUGAUGCUCGUGCCAAUCUUCUUCCUCAACACGUACCUGGAUUACUCGCAAGGACUCAAGGAGUCAGGCCGGCACGACGGGCAUGGGCAGCAGCCUAGUGCGGACGAUGCAGCUGAGCUUGGGGAGGAGGAGUGUGUUCCUCUCACCCAGUUUUAG